UUACAUCGAGUUCUUGUAAUGACUAUGGCAGUGUCGAAGACUGUACCGCUAUUCUUACUAUUAGAAAGUUUUCUUUUGGUUCAUUGCAGGCUGAUUGACAUGAGUUUUCCCUAUGAAAAGAACAUGGUGACUUGGCCUGGCUUCUUACCAUUCAACAUCUCGUUGUUUUAUCGAGGACCUGUGGGGAAAGCUCCGUUUAUGAUAGCUUUUGACAUUAUUUUGAAUGAACACACUGGCACACACAUAGAUGCGCCCUUGCACUUUGCUGAAGGAAAGGCAUCGGUCGAUGAAAUUCCACCAGAAAAUCUGAUAGCGAAAGCGAUCGUUGUGAAUAUUAGUGAACAAGUAACAAAAGAUCGUGAUUAUGCAUUGACUGUUGAUGACUUGAAAAAUUGGGAAAGGAAACAUGGAGUGAUUCCUGAUGGAUGUGUUGUGUUUGUUCUGACUGGUUUAGGAAAAUAUUGGGGAGACUUUGAUAAAUACAUGGGAACAACUACGAAAACAAACGGGAGCAUGGCAACACCGGAUUUCCAUUGGCCUGGCUUUCACAAGGACGCUGCUCAGUGGUUAGUUGAUAAUCGUAAGAUCAAGGGAAUUGGAAUUGACAGCCGUUCUUUUGACCCGGGUGAAAGUAAAUCCUUUCCAGCACAUCAAAUAUUUUUGGGCAACAAUAUUUAUGGUCUUGAAAGCGUCGCUAAUAUCGAAGAGCUUCCAGUGAAAGGUGCGACUGUCUAUGUGAUGCCGAUGAAAAUCAAAGGUGGUAGCGGUGGGCCAACUCGUAUCAUUGCGCAAACAGAACCGGCUGGACGAGGAUCUCGUCAAACAAACAGCAUUGUCGUCAUUGCGAUUCUUUUCUUGAUGACGAUGUUGUUUAACUAAACAGUUAACACUGGCCUGCAUGCAAGCACAGCUGUUGGAAAUUUCAUUCCGUUAAUUCACUCACUUGACUGAGUGGUCUUUUCUUUUUUUAAUAUAUAAAUUGAAUCUAUCACUAACACAAUGAUGUAUUCAUAUAAUCCAAUUCAUCAUUUACUAUUUUACAGCACCCCAAUGGCAACAUGGUUUGCUAAAACUAUACAAUGCACGAGUUGAUCUCAUAAGUAUCAUUUAAAUGCAUGAUUUUAAACUUUUACGUGCGAACUUUUACGGUAAUAUACCAAUAUGGUUUAAGGCUA